AUGGCACAAAAUUUACCAUCACUUUGUCUCUUUAGAAUCUUGGAAUUUCAUUCAAAUAAUUUAUUAAUGUUAUACAGAUGCGCUCUCGUAAAUCGGGAUUGGUGUCAAUUAACAAUUCCAUUUCUCUGGAAACGACCAUUCAGUUUAUUACAUUUAUAUACACCAUCAAAACGUCUUAUAGAAGUUUAUAUUUCAGGAUUUUCAAGUAAAGAACGUAAAUUAAUUAAAAAUUUACGUGAAAGAGAAGAGGAAGAAAUACCAACGAAAUCAUUAUUCAAUUACGUUUCAUUUUUAAGAGAAUUGGAUGUGGCACAAGCAAUUAAUUGUGUAUCAUCAUGGUCAUUAAUUACAUCUGAAGAAAAUUCUAUUUUAAAUACUUUACCAAUUAUAAUAAUAUUUUUAAAACAUUUCGUUAAAAAUUCACCAAAAAUUUCUCAAUUAAUCUUUAAUUUUAAUUUUAAUAAUCAUUUAUUUGGUUCAAUUCAUAAUGGAUGUAAUAUGAUUAAUUGGGAAUUAUUAACUUAUAAUAAUGCUAAUAAUUGUUUUAAAAAAUUAAAAGUAUUGGAAUGUAUUGGAGAUUUUAAUCCAAAACUUUUAUUAAUUUGUUCAAUGAUUUCAAAACAAAUUGAAAAAAUUCUUAUUUCAAUUUAUAUUGAUAAAAAUAUUAUUCAAUAUCCUAAUGAAAUGGGUAAAUUACAAAAUUUAUGUACUUUAAUUCAAGUACAAAAAAAUUUAAAUACUUUAAUAAUUAAAAAUGUUAGAAAUGGUGGUUUGGGUGAACAUGGUAUACUUGAUAUAUUAGAAUUAACAAAUGAAAUUCAUCAUUCCCUUAAAAUUUUAUAUUUUAUAUUUGUAGAAUUUGAUAAUUAUAAUUUUAUAAAAUCUAUUAAAAAUUUGAGAAAUUUGGGUACAUUAAAAUUUGAAUAUUGUAAUUUAUCAAAUCAUCCUUUAAAUUUUAAUGAUGAUAAUAUUGAGGGAAAUUAUUAUUUGAGAGGUCUUUUUAAUUUGAAAAUAUUUAAAUCUAAAAUUCAAAUUCCAUUAUUAACUUUUAUGAUAUUACAGGCAAAUAAUAGAUUAACUGUAUUAGAUGUGAGAGCCGAAGAUAUUAAUUAUCAUGAAUUAAUUAAUCUAUUGGAAAUAAUUUCUCAAAAUUGUAAAAAUUUGUUGGAAUUUUCGACCUAUAUUAUACCUGAUUAUAAUUUAUUACCAUUACUUUUACCAAUUUUAUCUUCAAAUACAAAACUUGAAAAGUUGGUUAUAGAUGCAGAAACAGAAAAUAAUAAUAUUAUUUCUGAGGAUGUUAAUAAUUUUCUUCCAAUACUUGGUAAACAUUUACCAUCUUCUCUACGCGUAUUGAACGUUCUUACUAGAUGGUUAUUUCAUUAUGAUUCUCUUGAUAAAUUCUUUCAAGAAUCUCGCGCAAAACUUGAAGUGCUUAAAUUAAAAUUAACUAAUCUUAUCAAAGAUGAUCAUAUUGAAGUUAUAUUGAAACAUUCAAAGAAUCAUUUGAAAUUAUUAGAUAUUGAAGGGACUGCAAGUAUUAGUUAUGACACUUGGGACAAGCUACAACAAGAAGAACAUCUUCAUGUUGAAUUUCAUCCCGAUAUCGAACCAACGAUGCUUUCGAGAAAUUAUAGAUUGUUAUAA